UCUUAAGUUGUCACCAUGUUGUCUAGAUUGACUACAUCCUCUUCACUGCGGAGGUUUUCAUCCACCGCCAAAGGAAGUUAUGACUACAUCAUCAUUGGUGCGGGCUCGGCAGGUGCUACCAUCGCCCACCGAUUGGUAAAGGAUGCGGGGGCCAGUGUGCUGCUGAUCGAGAACGGCAGUAGUCACUACGGCAGCUGGGAUUGGUGGAAAAUCAACAUGCCCGCGGCGCUGACCUUCAAUUUGGCAGAUGCCAAGUACAACUGGGACUUCUACACCGUUCCGCAGAAACACAUGGAUGGCCGACGUUUACAUCAGCCCCGAGGGCGGGCGCUGGGAGGCUCUUCCAGUCUGAAUGCCAUGGCCUAUGUGAGAGGGCAUGCCUUAGACUACGAACGCUGGGCGAAGGAGAUUGGCGAAGGUGGUGAUGCCUGGUCCUACAGGAACAUCCUGCCCUACUACCGCAAAGCUCAAAGUCAUCAAGCUGGCGAGUCCACCUACCGUGGAGGUUCGGGCCCCUUGACGGUGACGCAACGACGGACCAAAGCAGUAGAAGCCAUCAACCAAGCCUUUGUGCUGGCGGGGGAGCAGGCUGGCUAUCCCAGGACAGAUGACAUGAACGGGUUCCAACAGGAAGGCUUUGGACCGAUGGAUAUGACGGUCACGCCUGAUGGCAAACGAGCCAGCACCUGGGAAUGCUACCUGAAACCCCUGAUGCAUCCGCAGACACCUGAGGACGAAGCAGCCGGAAAGCGAUUGAAGUUGAUCAGCAACGAGAUGGCUGUGCGGCUGUUGUUCGACAAGACAAAGGUGGUGGGAGUGGAGACCAUCGCCUCCCCGAAGCCCAAGAAAGGUGGUGGCUUUUACAGUGAGACCUCGGGUGUCACGGAGAAACACGUGGCCAAAAGUGAGGUGAUUUUGUGCGCAGGCGCCGUGGGAUCUCCUCAGCUGUUGAUGCUCAGUGGCAUCGGAAAUGCCAAGGACUUGGAAAGACAUGGAGUGCCGGUGCUAUUGGACAAGCCAAUGGUUGGGGAGAAUCUGCAAGACCAUUUGGAGUUCUAUGUGCAGUACUUGAGCCAGUUGCCCUGCUCCCUGUACCCCUGGGCUGCCACAAUUCCUGGCUUGGGCCUUCUCUCCAAAUACGCCUACCGGCAGCCGUGGCGGGCUAUCCAAGCGGGUAUCUUAUGGAUGCUGGCGGGGAGAGGCAUCGGCUCUUCCAACCACUUCGAAGUGGGUGGCUUCAUCAGGUCCAGGGAAAAUAUGCCGCACCCGGAUUUGCAGUACCACUUCAUCCCAGGCAUCGUCACAGGUCAACUGGACUUCUUGGCGGAGCACGGCUACCAGGCGCACUGCGGCACCAUGCGCCCCACCAGCCGCGGCACGGUGCAGCUAAGCAGUGGCAGCGCGUUGGAUGCGCCGUUGAUCGAUCCCAAUUUCCUGGCGACGGAGGAGGAUCGCCGCGAUCUCCGAGCGGGGCUGCGGCUGACGGUGGAAAUCAUGGAGCAACAGGCGCUACAGGAGUUCAAGCGCGAGAGAUAUGCGCCGCUGUUAAAUCUCAACUUGGACAGUGAUGAGGAGGUCGAUGCCUGGAUUCGAGCAUCAAGCCAUUCAGGCUACCAUCUGUCCUGCACCUGCGCCAUGGGCAAGGUGGUAGAUGCAGAGGGACGAGUGAAAGGUGUGGAAAAUCUGCGAGUGGCAGAUGCAUCCAUUAUGCCCUCAAUGACCAGCGGCAACCUCAAUGCGCCAACGAUUAUGAUGGCGGAGCUGCUUGCAGAUCGAAUUCGGGGAGAAGCUCCGUUACCUCCUGAGGAGGCGAGCUGGUACGAACCACCCAACUGGAAGACCUCUCAGCGUUGAGGCGCCAUUUUGCAGACGUGGAUGAACUUGGCCGUUCGUGUACAGGGCUUAACAGUAACAGUAGCGCUGUUGUUACAGCUGUUCCAACAGAGGAUCAACUGGAUCCAACUCUAAAAAUCCAACUCUUUUGCUGAAGGUCUAGGGAUCUUCACAAUUGGCAGAUGACAUCCUAAAGGGGAUGGAUCAUCACGGCAGUGACCGAGAAUGAUAUCAAAGGG